AUGGCGGAAAUAAACACUUCUAGUCUAUUCUACGACCAUUACCAGGAGAUCAUCAACUGGGAGAUAUUAAGUCUGGUCAACAAUUCAGUUCUCUGCACUUUAAUUGGACUCACGGGGCUAGUGGCCAAUGUGAUCAACAUGCUGGUCUUUGUGCGUCAGGGAUUGAACACCUCAAUGAAUAUCAGCUUCUUCUCUACGGCUAUCUCAGACAUUGUACGUAUACUUUCAGUGGAGUGGGCCAAUAUCUGUUUUAACCCGUAUAUAGAAGAACUUCAGAUUUCUAUUAUGUUUGACUACCUCUUCUAUGUUACUGGCGGAUGGGCGUCAAUCUGUGCCUGUCGUAUCACUCUUCACAUCAAUCUUUAUAUUACGGUGGAGCGAUGUCUUUGCAUUGUGUUUCCAUUGACAAUAAGGAAUAUUAUCACCAUCACUAGAACCAAGAUGGUUAUCUUUCUUAUUUAUUUCGCAAACGUUCUUACAUUGGUGCCAGAGUAUAUGACUGUGUAUCUUGCUUGGGUAUAUGACGUCAAGACCAAUACCACAGUACUUAGCGUUGGGUUUAGAGAUUACGGAGUGCGGACCAAAGGAGUCACUUUCAUGCUGCAUGUCUUUUUAAUCGUGAUUAGUUUGUUCUGUAUCAUCGUCAUGACAACCGUGCUUGUGUUGCAGCUUCGACGUCAGAGAAAAUGGCGGAUGAAAAACUCCAGCAACAGCUUUUCGAAAACAACCUUGACCUUGCGUGAUAGCAAAGCUGCUGUGCUGGUCAUCACCAUGGCCACUACUUUGGUCGCUCUCAAAGAAAUAUCUUCAGGGAACAGUACCAGGAAGAGGAAGAAGAGGAGGACGGAGAAAGUGAAUGGAAGACGACAUCAAAGAAUGGACAGUGCUGUCAGUGAAUGA